AUGACAGAUUGUAGUAGUAGUAGUAAUAGUACAAUAGUAAUACCUCAUGUGGUACAUGUUGAUGUGGCCAGAACGUUGAUGAAUGAGGGCGGUGGAGCAUAUGUGAGGAAUUAUGCGUUGGUCUGUUGGCGUUGGUUCAAGGUUGUCAGCGAAGCACGUUCUUACGACUACACCGCCACUAUAUCCAGCGAUAAUGACAUUGUGGAACUGUCACGCAAGAUAGCUAGCCGUCACCACUUGCUCAAGUACUUCCGAGGUCUAAACAUCUUUGUUAGACAACGCGGCGAGACGAUCACCACGAUAGCCAAUGCACUACGCUGCGCCAACGUCGACCCGGCACUGCUACAGGUCGCGAUCCACGGGUUCUACUCGCGACUCGAGAGGGUCAGCGUGAUGACCAAGGGUGCGCACUACGACCUCUAUCCAUUCUUCAAAGAGAUGAAUGAUUCAGCGCGAAUGAUCACACCACAGGCCAGGUCCACUUAUCGUCCGUCAGAGUUUGACGGGCUCUCAAAGAUCAACUUCAAUGUGAUUGAGGCUUGCUUUCCCAACAACUACAUGUACACGUUCUGGCAGUCGAUCAUUGUUUUCUCGCGCUUCCUCACGCAGCUGACCAUCAGUGACACGCACUUCAGCACCAUGGACAUCGCGGACUAUGCUUCACUGUCGCGCUUCAUUCAGUCGACGUCGUCUACACUGCGCAUGCUGUCACUGCAACUCGAUCGACACAGCACCAAGCUGUUCAAAGAGGUGUUUGAUGGCAGUACAAUAUAUUACAGCCUCGCUGAGUUAGAGGUGGGCGCGCCAUCCUCAUUCCCAUGGGAAGCGUUGCGCGUUGCCGCGCCCAAACUACACUCGCUCACAGUCAAUGGCAAGGUGGACAAUGUCGACGAGUACCUCGCAUUCCUCAAGAGCAAUCACUCAAUCAAGUACACAAACAUUGACCUCACGACAGAGACUAUCGGCGAUCUGGCAAAGAUUACAGGCAUCCCCAGUAUUAAGCUAGUCCAGCUCACAACCAACAUUCCAUUUGGCUUUGAUAGCUUUGACAUAUCGCCUACACUGCAGCGUCUCUGCAUCUCCCAGUUGAGUACACAGCGCUCUAUCACACGUAUUAUUAAUGGCAUAUGUCUUCACGACCACUUGCAGCACAUCCAGCUAACAUGGCCGUCCAACGAACCCUUGGAGCCCCUCGUCAACAUGAUCAAAAUGACCGUCUCGCUUCGGUCACUCAGUCUCACAGCGGGACACGCGUGGUCGAUGAAUGCCUACAUCCUGUCCGACCUCUACGAUGCACUGCGAGACAACACAACAUUGGUCAGUUUCAUAUUCAACUUCCAGCAUGGCGACAGUCAGCUCAAGAAUCUUCUUCCACUCUAUCUGCUCAACAACGACGUGAUCGAGUACCUCUCCUUGAGCCACGUCUCAUUGUCCACACGAUACACCCACGAGGCCAUCAGCGAGCGAUUCAAUAUCGACCCAGGUGCCAUCAGGACAGUGUUCACCACCAAGCGACCCAUCACAACAUAUCAACAGUAUGAUGACGCGGUGCUCUACAAGCUGGAUCACCCAUGCAUCAACAUG